UGGCCACGCCCUGCCGUGACCACACCCCCUCCGUUGGCGCCAUGGCCGCGCCCCUUCAGGCGGCUCCGUACAGUCCCCAUCUCGCCCCUCCGCCGGCCCUGCCGCUACCGGGCGCGGCCCGGGAUUCACUGAGAUGACGGUGAAACUCCUCCCGGUCCCCAUCCCAAAAUGCCGCCGCUUCCUCCCGUCCCGCCCUCCCCACAAUGUCGCCUCCCGUUCCGCGGCCCAAGAUGGCGCCGCCCGGGUGCGGAGGGGGCGUGUCCGCGCUGGCCCCGCCCCCUCGCGGCGUUUCCCGCCCACCCGCCGCCGCCGCCGGACACAGGCGCAAGAUGGCGGCUCCCAGGGCGGCGUGAGGGGCCGCCGCCGCCGCGCUCCUCCCUCAGCCGCAGCCCCGCGCCGGGACACGCCGCAGCCGCGCCACCCCCGGAGCCGCCGCCGGGAAUCGGGGAGCGGCCGCGGGCCGGGAGGGGGAGGCGGCCGCGGGGCCGCGGACAGGCAGCGGGGGACGCAUGGCAGGCCUGGGCGGGGGGGGCUCCCCGCCGCGGGCCCCCCCGGGCCCCCCCGCGCUGCAGCCGCGCUGGAAGCGGGUGGUGGGCUGGGCCGGGCCCGUGCCCCGCCCCCGGCACGGCCACCGCGCCGUGGCCAUCAAGGAGCUCAUCGUGGUCUUCGGGGGGGGCAACGAGGGCAUCGUGGAUGAGCUGCACGUCUACAACACAGCCACCAACCAGUGGUUCAUCCCGGCCGUGCGCGGGGACAUCCCCCCGGGCUGCGCCGCCUACGGCUUCGUGUGCGACGGGACGCGGCUGCUGGUGUUCGGGGGCAUGGUGGAGUACGGCAAGUACAGCAACGACCUCUACGAGCUGCAGGCCUCCAGGUGGGAGUGGAAGCGGCUGAAGGCGAAGACCCCCAAAAACGGGCCCCCCCCUUGUCCCCGGCUGGGCCACAGCUUCUCCCUGGUGGGCAACAAGUGUUACCUGUUCGGGGGGCUGGCCAACGACAGCGAGGACCCCAAAAACAACAUCCCCCGGUACCUGAACGACCUGUACGUGCUGGAGCUGCGGCCGGGCUCGGGGGUGCUGGCCUGGGACAUCCCCAUCACCUACGGGGUGCUGCCGCCGCCGCGCGAGUCGCACACGGCCGUGGUGUACACGGAGCGCGACGGGCGGCGCUCGCGGCUCGUCAUCUACGGGGGCAUGAGCGGCUGCAGGCUGGGGGAUUUAUGGACCCUGGAUAUCGAGACGCUGACCUGGAACAAGCCCAGCCUGAGUGGGGUCGCUCCCCUCCCCCGCAGCCUCCACUCGGCCACCACCAUCGGCAACAAGAUGUACGUUUUUGGGGGGUGGGUGCCCCUGGUGAUGGAUGACGUCAAGGUGGCGACGCACGAGAAGGAGUGGAAGUGCACCAACACCCUGGCCUGCCUGAACCUGGACUCGAUGGCCUGGGAGCCGCUGGUGCUGGAGACGCUGGAGGACAACGUGCCGCGGGCUCGCGCCGGGCACUGCGCCGUGGCCAUCGCCACGCGCCUCUACAUCUGGAGCGGCCGCGACGGCUACCGCAAGGCCUGGAACAACCAGGUGUGCUGCAAGGACCUCUGGUACCUGGAGACAGAGCGCCCCCCGGCCCCGGGCCGCGUGCAGCUGGUGCGGGCCAACACCACGUCGCUGGAGGUGAGCUGGGGCGCGGUGCCCACGGCCGACUCGUACCUGCUGCAGCUGCAGAAGUACGAGCUGCCCGCCGCGCCCGCGCCGCCGCCCGUGCCCUCGGUGCCCGCCAACCCCCCCAAGAGCCCCGCGCCCGCCGCGCCCGCCCCGCCGCCCGCGCCCCCCAGCGCCCUGCCCCAGCUGGGGGGCGUGGGGCUCACCCUGCUGUCCCCCCCGCCCGCCGCGCCCCCCAACCCGCCCGCGGUGCCGGCGGGGACGGGCACGGGCGCGGCGGGGACGGCGGCGGCGGCGGCGGCGGGGGGGACGGGGGGGGCCGUGGGGGCUCCCCCGCCCAGCACCACCCUGCAGGUGCUGCCCGCGGCCGCGGGGGGCGCCACGGCGGCGGCGGCUGCGGCGGGGAGCGGAGCGGCGACGGCGGGGAGGGCACCUGGUGUCCCGGCCGUGCUGAAGGUGACCGGUCCCCCUGCGGCCACCGCGGGGCCACCGCUGGUCACCGUGCGCUCGGCCGCGCCCGGCAAGGCGCCGGUGACGGUGACAUCGCUGCCGGCCGGCGUCAGGAUGGUGGUGCCCACACAGAGCCCCCAGGGCACGGUGAUCGGCAGCAGCCCGCAGAUGAGCGGCAUGGCCGCCCUGGCCGCCGCGGCCGCCGCCACGCAGAAGAUCCCGCCGGCCUCGGCGCCCACCGUGCUCAGCGUCCCCGCCGGCGCCACCAUCGUCAAGACGGUGGCCGUGACCCCCGGGGCCACCACCCUGCCCGCCACCGUCAAGGUGGCAUCGUCACCUGUCAUGGUGAGCAACCCCGCCACGCGCAUGCUGAAGACGGCGGCCGCCCAGGUGGGCACGGCGGGGGCGUCGCCCGCGGCCACCAACGCGGCCACCAGGCCCAUCAUCACCGUGCACAAGUCCGGCACGGUGACGGUGGCCCAGCAGGCCCAGGUGGUCACCACCGUGGUCGGAGGGGUCACCAAGACCAUCACACUGGUCAAGAGCCCCAUCUCCGUGCCGGGGGGCAGCGCCCUGAUUUCCAACCUGGGCAAGGUGAUGUCGGUGGUGCAGACGAAGCCGGUGCAGAGCUCGGCCGUGACCGGGCAGGCGUCCAGCGGGCCUGUCACCCAGAUCAUCCAGACCAAGGGCCCCCUGCCCGCCGGGACCAUCCUGAAGCUGGUGACGUCGGGGGAGGGGAAGCCCACCACCAUCCUGACCAGCACGCAGGCGGGGGCGGGGGCGGCCAAGCCCCCCACCAUCCUGGGCAUCAGCAGCGUGUCCCCCAGCACCACCAAGCCCGGGACCACCACCAUCAUCAAAACCAUCCCCAUGUCGGCCAUCAUCACCCAGUCGGGGGCUACGGGUGUCACCAGCAGCCCCGGGAUCAAGUCCCCCAUCACCAUCAUCACCACCAAGGUGAUGACCUCGGGCACCGGGACCCCCGCCAAGAUCAUCACAGCCGUGCCCAAGCUGGGCGGGGGGCACGGCCAGCAGGGCGUGACGCAGGUGGUGCUCAAGGGCGCCCCGGGCCAGCCGGGGACGAUCCUGCGGACGGUGCCCAUGGGCGGGGUCCGGCUGGUCACUCCCGUCACCGUCUCGGCCGUCAAGCCCACGGUGACCACCCUGGUGGUCAAGGGCACCACCGGUGUGACCACGCUGGGGACAGUGACAGGGACAGUGUCCACCAGCCUGGCCGGGGGCGCGGGUGGCCACAGCGCCACGGCCUCGCUGGCCACGCCCAUCACCACCCUGGGGACAAUCGCCACCCUGUCGAGCCAGGUGCUGAACCCGGCGGCCAUCACGGCCACCGCGGCCGGGGGUGGCCUGGGGACACCCACCAUCACCAUGCAGCCGGUGUCCCAGCCCACGCAGGUGACCCUGAUCACCACGCCCAGCGGGGUGGAGGCCCAGCCCGUCCACGACCUCCCCGUGUCCAUCCUGGCCUCGCCCACGGCCGAAGCCCCUCCCGCGGCCACCUCGAGCGAGGCCACCCCCCCCGGGGCCGAGGCCACCGCGGGCACCGUCACCCUGGUGUGCUCCAACCCCCCCUGCGAGACCCACGAGACGGGGACCACCAACACGGCCACCACCAGCCUGGUGGCCAACGUGGGGACGGGGGGGGGACAGCAGCUGCUGUGCGAGGACACGGGCGGGGGGACGGCGCUGGCAGCGCCCCCCCGCGCCUGCUCCAACCCCCCCUGCGAGACCCACGACACGGGGACCACCAACACGGCCACCACGGCCAGCGGGGGCCCGCCCUGCCCCUGCCCCACGCAGCAGACGGUGGCCACGGGGACAACGAUGACGGCGCGGCUGUGCCCGCCCCCCGCCGAGGGCGGUGGCAAGUGCCAAACGCAGGAGGUCACCGUCGCCGUCACCACCCCGUGCCAAACGCCCUGGGGGCAGCCCGAGGUGGGGACGGCCACCAGCGCGGUCGGUGUGGCCACCAGCAGCAGCACGAGCGGUGAGACACCCGUGGGGACACGGCUGUGCUCCAACCCGGGGACAACCAGCACGGUGACGGUGACAGGGUCACAGUUCUGCUCCAAUCCACCCUGUGAGACACACGAGACGGGGACAACCAACACGGUGACGGUGACAGGGUCACAGUUCUGCUCCAACCCACCCUGUGAGACACACGAGACGGGGACAACCAACACGGUGACAACGACAGGGACAAGGUUCUGCUCCAACCCUCCCUGUGAGACACACGAGACGGGGACAACCAACACGGUGACAACAGCGGGGACACGGCUGUGCUCCAACCCUCCCUGUGAGACACACGAAACGGGGACAACCAACACGGUGACAACGACAGCGCCACGGCCACCCUGUGCCAACCCUCCCUGUGAAACCCACGAAACGGGGACAACCAACACGGUGACAACGACGGGGACACGGCUGUGCUCCAACCCGCCCUGUGAGACACACGAAACGGGGACAACCAACACGGUGACAACGACGGGGACACGGCUGUGCUCCAACCCUCCCUGUGAGACACACGAAACGGGGACAACCAACACGGCCACCACCACCACGGCCACCUCAGGGUCGGGGACAUCGGUGCCACCCCCCCGAGGCGUCCCCCCCUGCGCCAACCCCCCCUGCGAGACGCACGAGACCGGCACCACCAACACGGUGACAAUGACAUCGUCACAGCUCUGCUCCAACCCGCCCUGCGAGACCCACGAGACGGGGACGACCAACACGGCCACCACGGCCACCGCGGGGUCGCGGCAGGGUGACACCACCACGGCCACCAGCGCCGCCACCACCUCCGGCACGGGGGGGUCCCCGCCUUGUGCCGGGACCCCCGAGGGCAGCGGGGCCACCAGCGCGGGGUCCCCGCCCUGCCAGAGCCACCAGGGCGCGGCCACCACCAGCAGCGAGGGGGUGACGACGCCCCCGCCCUGUGCCACCAGCGCCACCAGCCCCCCCCGCGCCUGCUCCAACCCCCCCUGCGAGACCCACGAGACGGGGACAACGGCCACGGCCACCACGGUCACCGCCAGCAUGGGCGCCAGCCAAGACCCUCCCCCGCCGGCUGCCAACGGGCAGGGGGAGGGGGAGGCCCCCCCCAGCGAGGGUGGGGGUCCCCCUGUCCCCCCCGGGACCCCCAGCCCCGGCCCCAGCGGCUCCGGGACCCCCCAGCCCCGGGCGGUCACUACGGUCACUCAGUCCACGCCAGCGCCGGGGCCGGCCGUGCCGACCAUCUCGUCGCUGACCGAAUCCCCCCCAGCACCCCCGGAGACCCCUCCCACCGCCACGCCCACCCCCCCCGCGGACCCCCACCCACCCCAGGACCCCCCCCCGGCCCCCGGCGCCGCCCCCUCCCCGUCGCCCCCCGCGGCCCCGGCCGAGCCCGCGCCCGGCUCCCCGCAGCCGCUGGCCGUGGUGGUGCUGCCGCCGGCCGCCGAGCCCCCCCCGGCCGAGGGGCUGGCGCUGCCCCCCGAGCUGCUGGCCGAGGCGGGGGGCGCGGGGGGGGCGCCCCCGGGGCUGACCCCCGAGGAGCUGGCGGUGACCGCGGCGGCCGAGGCGGCGGCGGCGGCUGCGGCCAGCGAGGAGGCGCAGGCACAGGCCCUGGCCAUCCAGGCCGUGCUGCAGGCGGCCCAGCAGGCAGUCAUGGGCACCUCGGAGCCGCUGGAGCCCGGCGAGCCCGGGGGGGGGGCCCCUCUGAUUUGGGGGGCGCCCUGGGGGUCCCGGAGGCGGCGGGGGGCGCGGGGGGGCGCUGCCCCUGGUGCUGACCCAGCAGGAACUGGCGGCGCUGGUGCAGCACCAGCAGCACCUGGCCGAGACCGCCGCCCCCCCCCGCCGCCCCCCCGCCCCCCCCGCCCCUCCGCCCCGCCCCCCCCCGCCCCCAGCGCCGCCCCCCCGGCGGCCGCGCCCCCUCCCCACCUGCCCACCGAGGCUCUGGCCCCCGCCGACAGCCUCAACGACCCCGCGGGGGAGGGGGACAGCAACGGGCUGGGGGAGCUGGGGGCAGCACCCGGGGGGGGCACCCCCGGCAGCCUCCUGCCCCCCCCCGGGGACGGUCUGGCCCCCUCGAGCGCCUUCGUUGCCCCCCCGGGCCCCGCGGUCGCCCCCAGCCCGGCCAAGCUGCAGGCGGCCGCAGCCCUGGCCGAGGUGGCCAACGGCAUCGAGAGCACCCCUGUGAAGCCGGAGCCGGGGGCGCCACCCAAGGCGCUGCCCAAGAAGGAGAACCAGUGGUUCGACGUGGGGGUCAUCAAGGGCACGACCAUGAUGGUCACUCACUACUUCCUGCCCAGCGAGGACGGGACGGCGGCUGAUGACGAGGCCUCGGGGGUCCCGGAUCACUCCCAGCUGCGCCGCCAGGAGCUGCAGCCGGGCACGGCGUACAAGUUCCGCGUGGCCGGGCUCAACGCCUGCGGCCGCGGGCCCUUCUCGGAGCUGUCGGCCUUCAAAACCUGCCUGCCCGGCUUCCCCGGGGCGCCCUGCGCCAUCAAGAUCAGCAAGAGCCCGGACGGCGCUCACCUGACGUGGGAGCCGCCCUCGGUGACGUCGGGCCGCAUCGCCGAGUACUCGGUGUACCUGGCCAUCCAGGGGGGGCCCGGGGGGGGCCCCGAGGCCCGCGGGGGGGGGGCCCAGCUGGCCUUCAUGAGGGUCUACUGCGGGCCCAGCCCCUCGUGCCUGGUGCCGGCCUCCAGCCUGGCCAGCGCCCACAUCGACCACACCACCAAGCCGGCCAUCAUCUUCCGCAUCGCCGCGCGCAACGACAAGGGCUACGGCCCGGCCACGCAGGUGCGGUGGCUGCAAGAGUCGAGCAAGGACGGAGGCGCCGGGAAACCGGGCAGCAAACGGCCGCUGGCAUCGCCCGACCUGAAAUCCGCUCCAAAGAAGCCCAAGGCCGAAGGGCAGUGAAGGACCCCCGGGACCCCCCCCCAAAAAACGAGCAAAUCCCGGGGACACCCCCCCCCCAACACCCCCAAA